AUGUGCACCAUCGCACAUGAGUCAUCACACAUGCGAGAAUCCAACAGCUUGGACUUCGUAGAUCAAGUUGACGAGGAUGCUGCUCGUAAUGAACACACGAUGCAAUCGAAGUCGAAUUCUUCGACACCAGUUGCUGUGCAGAGUAAUAUUUCUGUGAAUGGCAUGUUUGACAUGUUUAUGCGUAACUUUGCAUAUAUGUCAAAGACUAUGUCAUCAGUUCAAAAAGAACUUAUUGCUUUGAAGUCUGAUCGGUCCUCAGUGGAUACAAGUCCGGACUAUUCGAGGAAACGUGGACUGAACAAGAGUAGUUCGCCACCCCCUCGCAAGAAAACAAAACUGUCUAAAGUUUGUAAUCGUCCUUCUUAUGAACUUAGGGAUGAUGAAUCUGAUGUAGAGAAUUCAGAUAAAUGGGAUGCCGAUGACGCACUCAAUUCCCUUAUUGAGGGAGACAAUAGUAUUCAUGGUUCAUCAGAUGAUGAUGAGGUAUCUGCUCUUAAUGAACUGUCGGAAUUUUUCGGUGAUGAAGAUAAGACAAUCGAGCCGUUAAGUUCUGAACUGGCAAAGAUAACGGGGAAAAUGUUCAUGACGAAAGAUAACUCGGAGAAAAUUAAAGAAAUCUCCAGCAAGUAUGAUAGGCCAAAAAACAUUAACAAUGUUUCUGCGCUAAAAGUCAACAAAAUCAUAUGGGAAAACGUGUCAUCCAAAAACAGAGCAAGUGACAUUAAAUUACAGACUACCCAGAAUCUUAUGGGAAAAGCCAUGAUUCCGACAUUGAGACUGUUUGAUAUGCUCAUUAAUUGCAACUCGAAAAAAUGGUUGGUUGAUGUUAAGAAGGCAAAACAGCUGUGUGGUGACAUCUUGAAGUUUCAGAAAUGUGUUUUCCAUAACUUGUCUUACAAGAGGCGGGAACAAAUUAUCCAGCCUGAGAAAAACAAACAGUUUGUUAGUUUAUGUUCUGAAGAAAGCUCAUCAGAAAAUUUAUUUGGAGACGACUUGGGCAGGCAACUCGUCAUCUGA